CCCGCCGAGCUGCUGCCCGAGCCCCGCCGGCGAAGGGGAGGGGGAAGCAGCCCGGGACGCCCCCGUCCGCCUCCCCGGAAGGGGGGCGAGGGGCGGCGAGGCGGCCCCGCUCCGCCCCGCCCGGCGCUUUCUGUCCGCUCUCCCGCGCCGUACGGCCCGGCCGCGCCGGCUCCAUCCGCUCCCAACUUUGCGGUGCGGGGCGCGGGCGGCACCGCCGCGCUGCCCUCAGCGGGGCCGCCCUCAGCGGGGCGCGGGCCCGGCCAUGGCCGGCAUCGGCAUCGACCACUCCAAGCUGCCCGGAGUCAAGGAAGUAUGUCGAGACUUCGCUAUUCUGGAAGAUCAUACCUUGGCCCAUAAUUUACAGGAACAAGAGAUUGAGCAUCACUUGGCCACAAAUGUUCAGCGUAAUCGUCUGGUGCAACAUGACUUGCAGAUGGCCAAGCAACUGCAAGAAGAGGAGGAUAAGAAAGCCCGUGCUCAAAUCCAGAAACACCAAAAAGACUUGGAACGCCAGGACUGCGAGAUUGCUCAGGAAAUCCAAGUGAAGCUCGCGUUUGAAGCAGAGGAGCGCCGCAGACAAGAGGAAAAAGACGAGGAUAUUGCCCGUCUCCUACAACAGAAGGAACUGCAGGAAGAAAAAAAGCGCAAGAAGCACUACCCAGAGUCCCAGGGACACACAGGCUAUGAAGAGAGCUAUUAUGCAGAAAAUGGAGAGCAGCCCUGGGGUGACCCCAGAGAGCAGAUUUCUGAACCUCCCAGAGCACACAGUCAUGGCAGGUGCAGGCACCAGCAGAGAGAGCGCCGAGGACCCCCCUCGCCUUUGCCCAGCCGUGCCCCCAAACACAGGCACGGCACCGCAGAGAGCCGUCAAAGGUCUCCUCAGCUGAGAGAGGCCAGCGAUGGCCAUCAGCAGGAGCAGAAGGCAGCCAGCCAGGGAAGGCCCAGGAGACAUCUCAGCCUUGACCUGGAAAGAGAGACCGAGCGCCGUGCCUAUGAUCACAGCAAUAGCUGGGAGCUGCAGGAGAGGAGGACAGCUGGCAGGGAGAAGGAGAGGAGACUUCUCAAUCUUGACCUGGAGUUGGAGCAUGGACUCACAGAGGAAGCACGGCACAGCAGAAAGCCACCAAGGCAAGACAGAGAAAAGCACCUUCCCCUCCUUGAGAUGGAACUGGAGGCACAGCAGGAGACCUGGCAUCGGGGUGGUAGACAGCACCCUGAGAAACACAGAUCUCACCAUCAGGGCCGCUCGUCACACAGGAUGGCACGUGAAGAGAAGCCCUCUGAUUCUGAAUCUAGAGAUGACCAUAGCAGGGGUGAGGCAAGAGCCUACAAAAGGGCAGGACACAGGAGACACUCCCCCUCCCCUCAUUCUGUGAGCCAGGGGAAGGUUGGAGACUGCCAGCGAGAGCCAGGCACUAAUUUGAGGGGGAGGACACAAGCCAUGUAUGAUGGACCCCGGAUGGAACAGGAGCUGUCUGAUGCAGAGAUUGCUCGGAAGCUGCAGGAGGAAGAGCUCCUGGCUAAUGAAGCAGAUCAGAAGGCAGCUCAAGUAGCCCAAGAUGAGGAAAUUGCUCGUCUCUUGAUGGCUGAGGAGAAAAAGGCUUUAAGAAAAGAGAAAGAAAGAGAAAGAGAAAAGUCUUCCUUUGAAAGGAGGAGGCAUGAUCAAGAUUGGAAGCCCGACGCAGGCGAGUCCACGCGCUCAAGGUCAAGAGAAGGGCCCGAAACUCAGCGACACAGAAGUGACAGGCCUUCAAGGUCACAGCCUCACCUCGAUGACUUUGCACACUCUCGGUAUUACACGAGCCAGCCCAGCCCCUUGCGCCAGAUCCCCAAAGCUGAGCACUCUCCUAAAGGUUCCCGUAGGAAGCAGUAAACUGUGCUAGCCUUUGCUUUGGUACUGACUCUUCUGUAGCAAACAUUACUGGAAUUGCCAGGCAACUUCUCGAUCCCUGACCUGAUGGGAGGCCCACCCUCCACUCCCAGGAUCAUCUCUUUAAGUGUCGUCAUAUUAAGGAAAAUUGUUUGUUUCAAUUUCUUACUCAUCUGUGAUGACUUGAGCAGUGCAGUAUAAUCUAGCUGCCACUGAGCUGUGCAAAUCAACCAGCUGGCUCAACAGCUCCCUCAUACAUUCUUUUGACGCUUUCUUUUUAUUUUUAAGUUUGGCUGGAGCUCUGAUGAAUAGGACAAAUUGAGAUGCAUGUACAAUAGAGGAAAAUUGAAGGAAUGAGUUGGCUUAUGGCAAUGCAGCAGAACAUCAGAAGUACAAGUCCUUUUUACAUUAGGAUGACUUAGCAAAGAGAGCUAUAAGAGGAAUUGAGUUUCUUCCUGUGUUGGAUAGGACGGCUGAGCCAACCUGACAGUCAUAUGAGCUUUCAGGAAGGAGACAGCGUUGUCAAACAUAUACCAGCAAAAGCCAAACCCUGAGACUGGUGAGGCAGAAAUGGCCUAUGAAACAGAAUUUAACUGCUGUAUUUCUUUCUAGGGUUUCCAACAAUCUGAAUAGAGCAUGUAUAGGCAUUUAGCUCCAGGAUACAGGAUGGAACAGUUAAAAGAAGAGACAAUUCCAACUAAGUUAGACCUUGUGUUAUUACUUAGGAUUUGCCAGGGAGUUCAAGAAGCUGUGAACUGUGGUUUGGGAAGACUCAUAUAAACAGAUCUAUGUGUCUGAAGGGACCUUUGUGGUCACCUGCUUUGAGCUUCAGUGUGGUAGAAGCCAAGGAAUUUCAUUAAAGCCAAGUCAGAUCUCCUGUAACUCUUAGCUCAGUUGCUGAUGCACUUGAGUAACUUGUUUCUAAACUUGGAUAUGUCUUGUAAACAUGGGGCUGAUGGAGAGAGGGCCAUAUGGGCAUUGAGCAUCAAAAUCUACAGUUACAGGCAACCUGAGCCAGACAUGGAGUGCUGAUCAGUUCACACGAUGUCUGUGCUGACUGCUUUCCCUCUCCACUGCUCCAUCCAGCACCCCAGGCAAGCUCCAGUCAGGAAUAAUAAAAACAUUGCUCUCUAGUGCACUGCAGGGUCUGCAGGUUUGUUGUCUGUAUAUAUUUUCCCAUGCAGUGAUUCUGUCCUGGCUAGUUUUCCCUCCACUUUUUGAAAAUAAUUUUUCUCUUGCACAAAAAGUAGCCUUUUCCUCUGGCCUCCUCUCAUUCAAAUUCUUUAGUCUUUUUAAUAAGUUUUUUGCCAUUAUUUUCAGGUGUAUUUUUAAACUACAAAGCUGAACAUCUAGACACUCUCUUGGAGUCUGUUCAGCCAGGGCAGGCUGGUUAUUCAUGGGCCAGCCCAGUUCAUGGCAGAGAGCUUGGCUGCCUUGCCCCUGCAGCCCAGCCUUAGUGCCAGCACUGAGUCUGUCUCACCACUCUCUCUGUUGGCUCUGGCAGUUGCAGUUCUGCCUCUGGCUCUGCAGAGGAGGGGAGACACGUGUGUCUAGGGCAGGAAACACGGACUUGUCCUCACCACUGAUCUGCCUGGGAAAGGAGCUUUGGCAGCUCUCUGGAGCUUUGUGGGGAGGGAGCACCUCUAGGAAAUAGGAAGAGAGCAUGGCUGUCUGCUGUUCCUCUAGUGCACAACUCAAGCCCCAAGGCAGCUGUAAGGCUUUAACGUUGGCUGUUCUUGGUCAGGAUAAUUACUGGGCCAAAUCACUGGGAAGACAGGGUAACUCCUUUUUCACCUAAGUUGCAGGGGCAGGUUUAAUACCACAUAACGAGGCCUGUCUUGCCUUGACCAACAACUCAAUGGACUUCCAUCCCCUACUCCCACUGGCCCGCUGGCAGCAGUUCAGUACCUGUGAAGAGCCACAUAACCCCAAUGGAUCUCUGCUCCAGGGAUACCCUAACCAAAAACCUUGCCAUGUAGGACUUGGUUAUGGGCAGAAUCCUGCUACCUGCAUACCCUUGCUUCCAGACUGUGGCUUAUCUGCCUGCAUGGGCUCCUAAGUGACUUGCAAGGUCUUGCUUGCUGCUGCUUCUCAGGAAAUAUCCCAGUCAGCAGCUAGAUUUUACUGUCCUUGCUUUGUUCCCGCUUCUCAUUCUGUCUCUGUCCAUUCAGAAGUGUUCAUGUUGUUUAAAAGGAUCCAGAAAAAAAAAACAACAUAGAUGAUAUUUUUUUCUUUCUUAUUUGAUAACUUGGCCUAGUGUGGCAACCUCAUCUACCAAGGUUUUAUUUUGUAAGAAUUUAUUUUUGUAUUUCAUGUAACAGUCAAAAUUUCUACUGCUGAAAAUGCCUUUUUUUUUUUUUUCUUGUGGGCUUUUUCCUUCUGUUGCCAUCAGAGUAAUUAUUGUUGUGAAAUGGAUGCCUGGUGGGCUUGUAAGAAUUAAUACUUCCUACAAACACCCUAGUCCAGGCACUGCUGCUUCUGCACUUGUGAAAACUGGAUGGAGAAAAGUCCUGCCAAAUCAGAAAUAGGUUGAGCUGUGUACUGGCUGUGCUUGUGGAAAACUGGUGAUUCUCUGCAGAAGGCAUAGGGAAAUCACCAGCUAGAAAUUCAGCCCUCCAUGGACCUCUGUGUCUGGCUGUGAUGGACUUUCUUGCACUGCAGUUGGCUGCUGUAGCUUUCGUCUUAACCUAGUCAGAGAAGUCAUGAAGACCCUGAGCCCUCUGACAUUUGAAGAACCUAUCAAUUCAGGAGGGAUGCUUGGGAGUAUCCGAGUUGUUGGUGUCAGUGGUAGUGAGUACAAGUGUGAGGGAAAACUCUGGUAGGUUUAGUUUGGAAGCUGGAUAAUCUGAAGAACACCUCAGUGCCUCCUCUGUGGAGCUGUAGGAUCUCCUUAGUGGCCAGUCAAGCUCUCUGGCCAAGACACCAAAAGACAAGAGCCCAAGAGAAGGAUCCCAGGAGCAGUUGCUGCUUCCUUGGAUGCCUUUGGGGGGUGCUGAAUGCUUUAUGGGCUGUUUUGCUCUGUAGCCUCCUUUAGUCCUUAUCCUUUUUUUCUUUCUGCCUACUUUUAUUCAUUUGCUGUUCCUUGUAAGUGUUUCUCCUGUUUUAUUACUCUCUAGUCCUUGUGAAAAGGGGGUUCCUAAGGCUUUGCUAGAAAAGGGAGAGAAAUGGCAGGAAUGGCAGCUGAGGAAAGCAGGUAGUAAAUGGGAUAAGAACAGAGCAGUUGUUCAUCUUAUGCAUGUUGGGGUCCUCAUGCAGCCAUACAGGUUAGAGAUGUCCUGAGGCAGAGGUUGCAACUGGACUUGCAUCUUUAGUGACCACUUUUGAAAAGGGAUUCCAUGGUCCCACUGAAGUCAACAUGAAGUAAGAUUGUGGAUGAACCAAGAGCCACUUUCCUUGGGGCUCAGCAGCCACAGUUCUGCUGAGAGUCAAGAAGAUGCAGCUUGUGUAGGUGAGAUGCAAAAUCAGCACCUUGGACAUGUGUUCCUGGAAAGAGGCACAAUGAAACUGAUUUUUUAAAAAAACACUCAGCAAUAUUUCUUUCUAUGACAGAAAAAUGUUUAAGUAUCUUGGUUUUAUUACUUGUUUACUCUUGCCAAGUUUCAGUAGCUUUGCCUAUGGGGUUGCUCUGGAUUUAGUAUCAUGUUGGAGCCCCUGGUGGAACCUCUGCCCAGGUUGUUUGGGUCGUGCAUCCCUUUCUGACUCUGUGCAUUAUCAAGGCAUCCAGCACCACAUGGAAAAUUCACCUCCUUGAAAUCCUGGCACUUCCUGACCUUCCUGGUAGGCUCAUCUCAGCAGCAAGAGUUCUCACCACCUCCUCACCUCCGUCCAAAGCACAAUGGUCUGCAGAAAAGAGGUCGGGUGACCUGGAGGGGACCGUGCCUUACACACAGGGAUAGUCGAUGUCUUCAGCAGGCUGACCUGAGUCACCUUGCUAUGAAACACUGUCUUAAUGUGGACUGUACAGCUUCCUGCAGCAAGAAGCAGUUCUCGUCACAGGGAUAGAUCCAACAGGUUGAUUUCAUCUUUUUUAAAAGAACUUCAUGGGUUUAAACUUGGUGGGGUGAGGAAAUACCAGCUGUUAAGGGAUAGGUGAAUUCUCAUCAUUGAAUUUCUCCUCUUGGGGAAGAAGGAUAGAAGUUAGAGAUGCUGCAGUCUGCUUCUCUCUCUAUAAAAGGGAUCUUGUAUGUACAGUAUUUUUAUAUCUGCAUUCCCAUCUAUCAGGAUUUGAAUCAGGAUUGAAACAUUCUCUACUUAUGGAAAAAAUGGGUUAUUUUUACAGUGCUAGACGUCUGUGCAUUUAUUUUGUGCCAAAUUACAGCCACUGUUACAUUCUAGUGUUUUCAUUCAGUUUAUUGCUGUUCAUCAUUGUGUAUAUUAUAUAUUUUUAUUAUCAAGGUUUUUAUUUUAAUUCAUAUUAUCCUGUAUGCAAACUAACUGUGGAUUGCUAAUUUAUAUAUAUAUAUAUAAAGGGGAGCACUUGGAGACAGUGUGAGGAUUCCCCUACUUAGUUUACACUCUUGAAAUUGAGCACAGCCAGUCCAUGAAACUCACUGUUUCCUUCAGAGAGCAAUCUGCUGUGUGUUUGUCCCCUGAGCAGAUGGCUCCUGCUGUCCCUGCUGGCAGCACUGACACUGCAGGACUGUGUGGGAUGCAAUAGGAACUGGAGCACAGCUCCCAGCACGGGUGCCUGAGCUCAGUGCUGCCCUGUGCCAGGCAGGAAUGCCCAGCAGGGUGGUGGUGGCUGAGCUUUGCUCUUUAUCUGUCCCCAGCCAGAGGACACUUGGUGUUGCCCCACUCUCCCAAGGUGUUCAGGGCUUAGUUUUGCAGUUGCUUUGGGAAGUGGGAAUGGGACAUAUCCCUCUCAUGGAGCACACCAUGGGUAGCUUGUCUUCUUUUUGUUGCAGAGGACAGGCAUGAAGCUACAGAAAUCCCAGUUUGCUGCUCUCCAGCACAUUUGUGGCUGUGCAGCACUGCUGGGGAGGUACUGGCUGUGCUGCACACAGGUGCCACUUGGACUGCCCUGCCCAGGACAGGUGGUGGGACGUGGAUUUUAUGCUCAGGAGCUGCCCAAGCCUCAGUUUCUGGGCUGGAGAUACUCUCAGCCACCUCCUCCCCAUCAGUAGCACAGGGCAAGGCUUAGCUGGGCAGUUUGGGCUCUUCAGGAGAGUCCCAGAGAGGACAGUGGCACACACAAAUGAGUAUUUUCUACUUCAUGGGAAACAAAUUCCACUGUAUCAGUGUUCACUCUAAGUAGACUCCAUGGUCUGUCUCCAGCUGCAUCUGUGCACUGCAAUAUAGUUAAUUGCCUCAGAUAAAUAACUGCAGUUGUCUCAUUUAGCUCUUCAGGGUAAACUUUCAGCCUGUUGAAUCUAAACAUUAGCCAUGCAAUGAGGUGGAUUAGUCAGAAGGCUUAAAUUCCUCAGAGCUGCAAGUGUAUCCUGCAUUGUAACAGCUAAUCCUUAAAUAUGAAUUGCACACUGACAAUAAUCUGUCUAUGCAAGCCUAUUCUUGGUUUCAUUUUGACUGUUCACUCUAUAAUUUUACCAGGUUUGGCAUAGAACUUCUGAAUGACAUUUAACCAAAGUAUCAUGUCUGUGUGUGUGUGUAUAGCAUGUUUUGCUUCAUAUUCCUGAAUUGUCAUAGAAUGUAAAGGGAACAUUGCCUUGCCCCAUUUUGUUCAAUAAAUUGCUGUAUUUUGUUAUUCACCACUUCCUUCUGUCCCUCCGUGUGCUUUUCUGGAAACCUAAGUGGGUUACACAGAAGCAGGGGAAAAUAAGACUUUGUUCCACCCUUUGUUCCUGAAACCUAGCUGCUUCUAGCAACAAUUAUGUUCUUCCACUGUAAUAGAUGUAGCAAACAAACAAAUUUGUAUUUAAUUUGAUUAUUUUGUCGACAGACAGAUGGAAAAAAGGCUAUGUAAUAUCUUGGAAAAGAUCUGGACUGUUUCAUUUCCUGAGACUGUGAUACUGAAAAAUAAAGCAGUAUGAUUAUUUGCAAGGA